GUAGUUACCAGUUACAAUAGAUAGAGAUUGAUCUCCGCACUCCUGCCAUGCUCUCAUUUCCGUCAUAUAUCCAUCAUGUCUGUCUCCGAACAAGUCCAGCUGGACAACUUCCCCUCCAUCUUCUCCCUGGAGGGUAAGGUCGCCCUCGUCACCGGUGGCUCCCGCGGUCUCGGACUACACGCCGCCAGUGGGCUUCUCCAAUCAGGCUGCUCCAAAGUCUACAUUACUUCUCGCAAGUCGUCCGCCUGCGACGAAGCUGUUGCAGCCCUCAACGCCCUCCCCAACAAAUCUCCCCACGCAACCGCCAUCGCCAUCCCGGCCGACAAUUCAAACCUCGAUGAGCUGGACCGUCUUGUUGCCGAGGUCUCCAAGACAACCUCACAUCUCGAUAUACUAUUCGCCAAUGCUGGGGCCACCUGGGGCGAGAAAUACGAAUCCUACCCCGCCGACAAAUUCAGCAAGGUCAUGGACCUGAACGUGAAGAGCGUAUUCUAUACCAUCCAGAAAUUCACGCCCCUGCUGACUGCACGGGCUACACGUGAUGACCCUGCACGAGUCAUCGUGACAGGUUCGGUCGCAGGUAUCACGCUGGGCAGUUUAGGUGCCAAUGCUACCUUCAGUUACUCUGCCUCCAAGGCAGCUGUGAUGCAUCUGGUCCGAAACUUGGCGGUGGAGCUGGGCCCAAGGCAUAUCCUGUGCAACGCAAUCGCACCAGGGAUGUUUCCAUCGAAGCUUGCAAAUGGGUUGAUCGAGAUCCAGGGAGGCUUGAAGCACCUGGAAGGCAAGUCGCCCAAUCGAAGGCUGGGGCGGCAGGAGGAUCUAGCGGGCUUGGUGGUGUUUCUGGCCAGCCGGGCGGGCAGUCAUUUGAACGGAGCCGUGAUUCCCAUCGACGGAGGGGCUCAUCUGACAGGGCGACUGUAAUUGGUAAUUGGGCACAGCGUGGACUCUGGUUGGGAUUGAACGUCCAUAUCUGGCACUCAGGGUCACACAAACCGUUCCAGCUUGGCCGCUGGCAGUAGGCCACGAUGUUUUCUGUGCGUCUGGUUGGCCUCUCGUGAAAUUUACCACCCGGUGACAGUCACAGCAAGAGACUCUCUCAUCUUGGUCGCUGGUUCUCACCCCCAGGGUCCUCAUCCUGCAGCUAUAAGUACCCCCAAUGUCCCCCGCUUUGAAUCCAGCAUCCGCUCUGUCUUCUCUCUUCUUCUGCUACCCUAUAUAUAAAUACUAUAUCAAGCACGGAAAGCUUCAGGAAUGCUCCCCUAUAUAUAGUAUAACUAAGACCC